AUGGCGACAACGAACGCCAUCCUAACCACGCCUACCAAAACUCCGACGACGGAGAAAGACACAUCGUCUUCCAUUUCCAAAAGACACCACCCACAAUCAACAAUAUUGGACCCUUGGAACAGAUCAUCUGUUUCGGCUGCCGAGUUUAAGAACCGAUUUGAAGCCUACAAUCGUCUCCAGGCGGCCACGGUGGCCUUCGGAGAGAAGCUACCAAUCCCCGAGAUCGUCGCCCUCGGUGGCCAAUCCGAUGGCAAAAGCUCUCUACUCGAAGCGCUUCUCGGUUUUCGAUUCAAUGUCCGCGAGGUUGAGAUGGGGACCAGAAGGCCUCUCAUUCUCCAGAUGGUCCACGAUCCUACGGCAUUGGAGCCCCGAUGCAGAUUUCAGGAGGAAGAUUCGGAGGAAUAUGGAAGUCCUAUUGCUUUAGCAGCAGCAAUUGCUGAUACCAUAAAAGCACGGACCGAUGCACUUCUGAAGAAGUCUAAGAGCGCAGUUUCUUCUAAGCCAAUUGUGAUGAGAGCUGAAUAUGCACAUUGUCCGAACCUCACCAUCAUUGACACUCCUGGCUUUGUUCUCAAGGCAAAGAAGGGUGAACCAGAGAGCACACCUGACGAAAUACUCUCAAUGGUGAAGUCAUUAGCUAGUCCACCCCACCGUAUUCUUUUGUUCCUUCAGCAGAGUAGUGUGGAAUGGUGCUCAUCUUUAUGGUUGGAUGCCAUUCGUGAGAUUGAUUCAACCUUUAGGCGCACAGUAAUUGUGGUCUCCAAAUUUGAUAACAGGUUGAAGGAGUUUAAUGAUCGGUGGGAAGUUGACCGAUAUCUGAGUGCAAGUGGGUACCUUGGAGAGAACACUCGACCGUUUUUUGUGGCCUUGCCAAAAGAGAGGAGUACAAUUUCAAAUGAUGAAUUCCGCAGGCAAAUAUCUCAGGUGGAUGCAGAAGUGUUACGCCAUCUGCGUGAUACUGUUAAAGGAGGGUUUGAUGAAGAAAAGUACAGGUCCUGUAUUGGGUUUAGCGCUCUCAGAGAUUAUUUAGAAGUUGAACUUCAAAAGCGAUACAAAGAAGCUGCACCAGCAACAUUGGCUUUGCUUGAACAGCGCUGCAGUGAAGUCACAGCUGAUCUAGCCAGAAUGGACUCCAAAAUACAGGCCACGUCUGAUGCUGCACAUCUUCGGAGAUCAGCUAUGUUGCACACUAGUUCUAUCUGCAGUCACGUGGGGGCACUAGUUGAUGGAGCAGCAGAUCCUGCCCCAGAGCAAUGGGGAAAAACAACAGAGGAGGAACAGUCAGAGAGUGGUAUUGGAAGCUGGCCUGGCGUUAAAGCAGAUAUAAGACCUCCCAAUUCCACAAUUCGUCUCUAUGGAGGAGCCGCUUUUGAAAGGGUGAUGCAUGAAUUUCGCUGUGCUGCUUAUUCCAUUGAAUGCCCCCCAUUAUCAAGGGAAAAGGUGGCAAAUAUUUUACUUGCUCAUGCUGGCCGAGGUGGAGGUAGAGGAAUUACAGAGGCUGCUGCUGAGAUUGCACGGGCAGCAGCACGGUCGUGGCUUGCUCCUCUUCUUGACACAGCAUGUGAUCGGCUAGCUUAUGUUUUGGGGAAUCUCUUUGAUCUUGCUGUGGAGAGAAAGCACCACUGUGACUUGGACUGUGCAAGGAAAACUGAAGAUAUGGAUGGCUAUGUAGGUUUUCAUGCUGCUUUAAGGCACUCUUACAAUCGAUUUAUAAAGGAUCUUUCCAAACAGUGCAAGCAACUGGUUCGGCACCACCUCAACACAGCCACAAGUUCCUAUUCUCAGGUCUGUUAUGAGGGCGACUUCCAGUUGAGUUUUGGUUCAGGUGCAAACUCCAUCCAGAGAUUCAACCAAGCCUUGGCUGGUUCAUUAUGCCUUGAGCUAUCUGAUGGAGGGGCAGCAUUCUGCAGUGAAAUAACGAAAGACCAGGAGAACAUACCUCCAGAAAAAAGUGCACAGGAAACCACGCCAGGGAAAGUUGCAGAAGCCAGGGAAGCUCCUCGAGAAAAUCAAAUGACUGUGCCUGAGACCCCAUCACCUGAUCAGCCUGCCGAUGGAAACUAUCGAAUUAAGAAGGAACAUGGAAACUGCAUGGAGAUUGGAGUCAGGAAACGGCAUCCUAGACUAACGGGCAACAGCAGGAAUUUGGGUGGUGGCGUUUUGAUUGUGAGCGGUGAUACGGGUGCAAGAUCAGGCUCAACUUACUCCGAGAUUUGUUCAUCAGCAGCACAGCAUUUUGCACGUAUACGUGAAGUUCUGGUUGAGAAGUGUGUGACAUCAACUUUGAACUCUGGCUUCUUACCCCCUUGCCGGGACCAGCUUGUGGUAGCACUUGGAUUGGAUCUAUUUGCUGUGAACGAUGAGAACUUUAUGGACAUGUUUGUUGCACCUGGAGCAGUUGAUAUCCUUCAGAAUGAGCGGCAGUCUCUUCAGAAACGACAGAAAAUACUGCAUUCUUGCUUGAACGAGUUCAAAAAUGUGGCCCGGGCACUUUGAUGAAACAUCCACUUGCUGAUUAAACUUCAUUGACACCAGUGGAAAGGAGAUAUGGGUUUCACACCUUGUGAACAUUGUGAGUCAGUUGCUUGAUGGUUUCUUAUACAUCAUUUUCAAUCUGUAAAUGACG